ACCAAAUAGGCUGUAAUGUUGGAGUUUCAGGUAUUCAAACGCUACCUUUUCCCGGCCAACGUUGCGAGCAGUGUCAUAAGGUCAGGCCGUCAGGGUGUUAACGACUACUACCUCCAUUCUCCACCAAGAGAGAGAGAGAGAGAGAGAGAGAGAGAGAAUGCCUUCCCUUCAAACGGCGCUCCCUCCUGACCUCGCCAACAAUGUCAUCAGACUCUAUCGGGAAUGCCUCAGAAGGGCAAAAUUCGUUGGUCAUCGGCAACACAAUGUAGAGCUCGUAGUAGAUAUGGUGAGGCAGCAAUUUAAGAAAAAUAUGCACGAGACUGAUCCGGAGAAGAUCCAGAAGAUGAAGGAUGAUGCUGCCAGAGGCCUUAUCAAUCAUAUGCUUUUUGAAUCAGAAAGGCUGUCAGGUCGAAAGUUUUCUAAAUCUUGACUUCUUUUUCCUCUUGUUUCUUUUGCUUCAAUGAAAUAGAGAUUUUGCAUGUUUCCGAAUAAUGAAGAAACAGUUUAUUGACGUUCAAAUACUCUUGUCCGAUCUUAUGUU